AAACUUUCCAAAAUUGUAGCUUACUGUGUAAAGUAUACAUGUUUUCUGGUUGUAGGUUGAAAUCAAUCUCAGGUCUCUCUUUCUUCGUGUUUCUAAGCUCUGUACAAGACUCCUUCUCACUAAAGUUCAUGUCUUUUUGAUCUCCUCUGCUCUUUAUCUUUCCAAAGAUGUUGCAGCAAUGUAUAUUCACGAAGAGAGCUGGAUGAUCUGGAGUACAGAUACUACUCUGAAAUGAAAGAUGGCACAGCACUAUACCUUUUUUGAUAAAGUUUGUGCAAUGAUUUGUGAUAAAAUGUUUUAAAUUGAUUUUUGUCAGAACUUAAUGGCUAUUGAAGAGCAAAACAAAACUGAUGAAGAAAUGACGAGAUUGGCAAAACAGCAACAGAGGGAGAAAGAUGAGUUAUCUGGAGAAGAAACUAGAUGAUGAACUGGCACUGGAGCUGGAGAUAGAGAGAAUGAGGGGUGGACUGCAGGUGAUGGGACACAUGGAAGAUCCUGAUAUGAAGGAAGAGAUUGAAAAGACUAAAGAAAAACUCAAGGAAAAGGAAGAGGAGUCUGAAUUCCAAGAGUCACUCUAUCAAACUCUUGUUGUCAAACAUGGCUACACCAACGAUGAGCUUCAGGAUGCUCGCAAGGCUUUGAUCAAAAGUUCAAUGCAAGAGUUGGGAGUACGUGGUAAGAUCUCAGUGAAGAGAAUGGGAGCUUUGGAUGAGAAACCAUUCCAAAAAAUAGCUAAAGAGAGAUAUCCAGCAGAAGAGGCUGAUGUAGAAGCUGCAAAGCUUUGUUCCUUAUGGGACGACCACUUGAGAGACUCGGCUUGGCAUCCGAUUAAGGUCAUCCAGAUACACGGAAUCCACAAGGAGGUGCUGAAUGAGGAAGAUGAGAAGCUGAAGGAACUGAAGAAAGAGCUGGGUGAUGAAGUGUUUGAAGCAGUGGCACAAGCGCUCAUGGAGAGGAAUGAGUAUAAUGGAAGUGGGAGGUACAUAGUGCCUGAGCUUUGGAACUUCAAAGAAGGAAGAAAGGCGACUCUCAAAGAAGGUGUGGUUUAUCUCAUGAACUUGUGGAAGCACCUGAAGCCAAAGCCCAAGCGUAAGUAACAAGCAAAUAAAUAAAAAAGAAGAAGAAACUGAGACCGAGGUUGUUGCUAAUAAGUUGAUACUUCUAUUAAGACUAAGUGAGUUUUAAUGAUUUAACUAGAGCUUGAUCCGCACGCCCGUGCGGAUGUUAACUUUUUACUAUUUUUUCAGAAAUUUAUAUUUUCAUGAUUAUUAAUAUAUA